AUGGGAAAGAGAAUCGUUGAAGAACACAAGUUGGCAAUGGUCAGCAGGGUUACUCUGGACGUGAAAGGAGAACCUCAAAUCUUGAAUUUGUCUAAGAAGCUCAAAGUUGGAGGUAUUAUUGCUCAUAAACUCUGGAUCGAACAACCUGAAAAUAUUCCAACUUGUCUCCAAGCAGAGAAGAUUAACUCAGAACUGUGGGCUUUAAUCAUAACAUGGGCCUAUAAUGGAGUUUCCCUAGCCAGAUGUAAUAUCGACGACGAAGCAGCACAGCAAUUUGGUACUACCUUCUGCCACCCAAUGCUCAAUGAGUCAACCACCACAGAGUCAGAACCCAAUUCACAAAACGAAGAGAAGAAAGCGGGGAAUUCAGAUGACGUGCUGGUGCAGUAUGUGGUGUUAAGGAGAGACUUAAUAGACACAUGGCCGAUGGGGAGCGUAGUGACACAGGGAUGCCAUGCCUCUGUUCUUGCUAUUUGGUCACAUAAGGAGGAUCCUGGUACUCUUCAGUAUUGUAGCUCUGAAAAUAUUGAUUCUAUGAAUGAGGUUACUCUGGAGGUGAAAGGAGAACCUCAAAUCUUGAUCUUAUAUGAGGAGCUCAAAGCUGGAGUGAUGGUUGGACUUGACUCUCUGGCCGAUGAUCCUGUUCGACCUUCUAUGCACAGGGAGUCUCGUUAUGGAAAGUUGCAUUUGUAUGAUCCCUUGACCCAAAAAUCGAAAACGCUUUGGACAAAUAAAACUCUUUUAUACUUUGACUCUCCUAAUUAUGUGGAGAACCUAGUUCUGGUCUAUGGUAGUACUGGACAUCCAGGUACAGGUGAUGAUGAGAGCAGGACGAGACUUCUAUCUGAUGGGAACAAGAAAGCUGUGGUUUACACACUGAGCACAGAUUCAUGGAAAGAAGUUGAGGGAAUUGCUUACGGUCGAACUUGUUAUGGUCAUGGUUUUCCAGUGGUGGUUCAGGGAAUGUGUUAUGAUUUGAUGUUUCGAGAUGAGAAGGAUAUUCAAGGCACAAUAAAGAAAUCUCGAAAGGUACCAUCUAUACUCACAUUUGAUUUGUGCAACGAUGUCUUCUCGAAGAUGGAAAAUGGUCUACCUUAUGAUGGUAUUUGUGACAAAAGUAUAUAUCUUAUGGAGUACAAAGAAUUACUUGCUAUGGGUGUAUGUAGGAAUGGAGAAUCAACAUUCGAGUUUGAGAUAUGGACAUUAACGAAGAAUCAGUACUGUUGGACAAAACUAUUCAUAUGUAGACCUGUUCCGAAAACUAGGAAUAUAUUACCUUUGGGAUUUCGGAAUGAUAAAGAAAUCAUAAUAAGUGAUUAUUUUUCGGAGUCAUGUCAUGACCGGUUGCAAUUGUAUGAUCCCUUGACCCAACAAUCAAAUAUGCUUUCGACAAGUAAAGAUGCUGUAUACUUUGAAGCUCAUAAUUAUGCGGAAAGCCUAGUUUCAGUCUAUGGUGUUGGACAAUGA